UAGGGCUAAUGUCAGAAGUCGAACUCACGACUCGCGAAGCUGAUCUUCUUCUUUUGCUCUCUAAUCCGACUCGGAGGCUCCACCGUCACAACCUUUCGCCACCACAUUCGAAUCUUUCGCCACCACAUCCGACUCGGAGGCUCCACCGUCACAACCCUUUUUCUCCACCGUCACAAUAUUUUUUCUCCACCGUCAAUAGAUUCAGAGGAAAGCUAAGCUCGUGAAAGAGACUAAAGUUGAUUCCGCUGAAGAAGAUAAACGCAAAGCUAGAGCAUUGAGGUUUCAAAAGGGGCUUCGGAUCCAUCUUCAGAUUUAACUGGAAAGCAAAGUAUUGGCGAGACUUUCAGUUUUUCACCGGUGGUUCUCUGCAUUUUGAAUCUUCCUUCCUUGAAUUCCAUUUAAAGGAUAAGGAAGAUUUGACCAUUCAACUAGACAUGGAGUUGGAUCCAAAGAAGUUUGCUCAACUAUUGGACAAAAUUGAAGCUGAAGCUGAUGAGUUUCUUCUAGCUCGGAAUCAGAUGGUAGAGAAUGACAAGGAGAGGAAUGCAAACCGAGAGGCUCUUACAGCACUUAGGAAGAGGGCUCGGACAACAAAGACUAGUGUUCUUUCUCCAUUUGAUUCUAUGAUGAAGGAUAUACACGGUAGCUCAACCAAACCUUUGGUCCAAGAAGUUUGCUCCACGUGUGGAUCCCAUGACUCUACUGAACCCACUUGGAUGAUGCUACCUGGAGCUGAUCUUUUUGCUUCAGUUCCCUUUCAUGCUGUGCAUACAAUGCUUGAGAAAGAUGAAGAGAGAUUGGAGUUUGAAUCGAAGAAGUUGCAGAGCUUAGUGAAGGAGAAGGCACUUUUUAUAUCGGAACUAGGUGCUCUUGCUGAUAGUACGUCCCCAGGCGUGAUCAGGUCGUUGGUGGCGUUAAAGGACAAGCCUUUAGUCAAGUAGAAAACUAGAACAAUGUUGGUUUAUCCAUUUGUGAUGUUGAAGUUUUGAUUGAUGUCCCUAUGAUAUGAAAUUUAAUCGUUGCUUGUAUUGUAUGUUGGACAAGUCAUCAUCCUUAAUAUUAAUUAAGAAAUUUACAAACUUUCUUUUGAA